GUAGCAAGCAACGUUCUCCUAUCCUGUUGAGUUGCAGUUGCAGUUGCAGGAAGCACUGCGAGGGAGUCUCUAAUGGCGGUCUCCACUUGUAAUUUCUCCUCAACCCUUCUCAAGCACUCUCCAUUUCCCCUCUCUCAUUCUUCUCCUUCCUCAAUUUCCAAUACUCCGCUUCCAUGGAGGAAACGCCCCUCAAAAUCUCUCAACCUUCGCUUUCUUCCUCCCCCUUUUCACCUCCCUCAACGCUCUCCAACUUCCUAUCCCACUCCAUUUGCUUCUCCGUUAGAUUGAGCGUGGGAGUUCCACCAGCUGUUUGCGAGGAUUGCCAUGGCAGGGUCAUAGCUGAGUUCAUGAAGCAGGCCAAGAUCCCAGGGUUUCGUCCUGGAAAGAAAGUUCCAGAAAGUAUUCUUAUAAGUUAUGUAGGGAAGAACAAUGUUCAGAAGGCCAUUGUAGAAUCAAUUUUGAAGAGGACCCUUCCUCAUGCCAUGUCCUCGGUAGCCGGAAGGGCACUGAAAGACUCAGUUCGUAUUGCCUCUAAAUUUUCUGAUUUGGAGCAUACCUUUUCUUCUCAAGGCUCUCUCAGAUAUGACAUUAUUGUUGACGUUGCACCUGAAGUCAGAUGGGUUCCUGAGAAUGGAUACAAAAACUUGAAGGUGGUUGUUGAAAUAGACGACGAAAUAGGUGCUCAAAAAGCUUCCGAACAAGAAUUAAAGCGCCGGCACAAGUCCCUUGGUUUAUUAAGAAUUGUUACUGAUAGAGGAUUACAGAUUGGUGAUGUUGCAGUAAUUGAUAUAUCAGCAACAACAAUUGGUCAAGACCAAUCUAGUGGUCAAAAGAUUCCAUCAGCAGAGAGCAAAGGUUAUAAUUUUGAUACGGAAGAUGGCGAUAAAGUCCUUCCUGGGUUUCUCGAUUCAUUAAUUGGCAUUCAACGAGGUGAAACAAAGUCAUUUCCCCUUGUAUUUCCAGAAUCAUGGAACCAAGAAGAUCUCCGUGGUGUUCAUGCUCAAUUCACAGUUGAGUGUAAGGAACUAUUCUACAGAGAAUUACCUCAGUUGGAUGACUCCCUAGCCGAUAAGCUUCUUCCCGGGUCUACCACCCUAGAACAGGUCAAGGAAGCAUUGCUUCAAAGAUGCCUUGAAGUGGAGCAAACAGCUAAAGAUCAAGCAACGGACAAUGCAAUUCUUGACCAGCUUUGCAAGAUGGUGGAAGUUGAUAUUCCUCAAUCCAUAUUUGAGGAGCAAGGUAGGCAGCUAUAUGGAGCCAAACUAUUGCAGAUACAGGCAAAAAUGAAAUUAAAUGAACAGCAGUUGGCUUCUCUAUCUAGUCCCAAGGCCGUGAAGGAGUACCUUGAAAAUCAGAAGGACAACAUUACGCAUAUUAUAAAACAGAAUCUGGCAGUGGGAGAUUUUUUUAAACGUGAAAAUUUGCAGGUUUCCACUGAGGAGCUCAUCAAAGAGGUGGAAAAUUCCAUUGCUGAAUUUAAACGUAGUAAACAAGAAUAUGACCAAGACCGGGUCCAGGAACAGGUACAAGACAUACUAGAGGGGGCAAAAGUGCUUGAAUGGUUGAGAGAACAUGCAGAGAUCAAAUACAUAACACGAUCAUGACAACUAGUUCAAGAGAGGAAAGGCGAAUGAGAGCGAGCUUAUCGGUUUGGACACUCAUGUAUGUGUGUCAAUGCAGAUUGAUACUUUCAUUUUCCAUGUUGGUCUCUUGAGCCAUGGUUCCAUAAUUUGGCAGGAGCAUUGCCAAUCUCGAAAUCUCGCUUCCUUGAUUCGAGGAUUUUUCGAUAAAAAGGUUUAUAUAGAGCAUUAUUGAAGAGGGAUGGGAUGGGAUAUUGUAGAGUUUGUUAUUUUAAGGAACUUGAAUAUCAAGUAUGAUUAAUUUUGUAGAUUCAAGAUUGAUAAUUAAUGUCAAAAAUUUGGUGUAAUCUUUGCUAAUAAUAAGAGUAAACUCGUCAUUUUGAAA